GUGGAAGUGGCCGUCAAUGCCUCCACUGUUCCCGCCUUCUGCCAUCCCGAAUCAGGAAGUGUUUGUUGGUCGCGGAGUGCUCGGGGAGCUGUUUCUGCGAUGGGAAGACACGAGCAGAUCCCGGGGUCUCUGUUGUUGUUUGAGAUGUAGAGAUGGAGAACGAAGACCCUGGCUUACCUUGUGAAGGGAAGAUGGAGCUCCCUGACCAGAAAUGUAGGCUGGAUCCUACAGACAGAAACGGGGAUGAGUCCUGUUCUGUCUCAGAGAAGCAGGAGGAGGUACCUGCUGCCCCAAAUAAUGGACCCAUGAGUGUGGUAAUUGACAAAGUGAAUGGGCAGGAGGAGUUGAGAGAGGCCCCAGAAGAUCUGAGUGACAAAGAUGUGUCUGAUUCAACCUCAACUGACAACACUUGGGAAGAUUCGAGUGAGUUUCGCCGACAAAUGGUGAUAGGAGAUGGACCAUCAGGAGAAGAGGAGGCAGUGAUACAGUCACGCCUGGCUACAUACCGAGAUGAAGACGUGACUGCAGAGAGUUGGCGGGCACACAGGAAACACGUCUUCAUUUUAAGUGAGGCUGGGAAACCCAUUUAUUCACGUUACGGCAAUGAAGAAGCCCUUAGUUCCACCAUGGGUGUCAUGAUGGCACUGGUAUCAUUCAUCCAAAGUGGGGAUAACUCUAUUCGCUCCAUUUAUUCUGAUGAUCACAAACUGGUUUUUGUGCAGCAGGGCCCCUUGGUACUGGUUUCAGUUUCGCAUACCCUACAAUCAGAGCAACAACUACGCCAGGAGCUUUUGUAUGUCUACGAUCAGAUCAUCAGCAUGCUUACUCAGGCCAGCAUCACUCGCAUCUUUGAACGGAAAAAGAACUAUGACCUCCGGCGUUUGUUGACGGGCUCGGAGAAGAUCCUUGAUCGUUUGCUGAACCUGGUUGAAUCAGAUCCUUGUUUCCUCCUUGGAGCUGUCCGCUGUUUACCACUUGCCGCCUCCCUCCGGGAUUCCCUGGGCACUUUGCUCCAAAAAGCCAUCACCCCUAAUCUGGUCUUCUCUAUUUUGGUGGCUGGUAGUCAGUUGGUCACCACAGUGCAGGAGAAAACAGUCAUUGAAGAUUGCCGAUUAGAACCUACUGACUUGCACCUGUUACUCAAUCUCAUUGGGGCAACUUCUGCCUUUCAAACUGGGGAAAUUUGGACACCUAUUUGCUUGCCACGUUUCAACCCUGAUUGUUACUUUUAUGCUUAUAUUUCUUACUUGGAUUCAGAAUGUACUGUCUGCCUCAUCCUUCUCUCUACGGACAAGGACUCUUUUUAUUCUGUCUCGGACUGCAAGAAACGCAUUGAGGAAGGCAUGAGGACUCAGAACUAUCUGCAGGCACUCUCAAGUGGCUUGAAGAGCCCAUCCUAUAGUGUAGGACUGGUGGGAGUGCCAGAUCUUCGGCACUUUAUGUAUAAACCUCUGGAUAUACCGGAUAAUUACCGACAGCUUCCCCAGUUCACCAGUCCAGAACUGGAGGGGCCAUAUUGCAGUGAGAAUGAACGGCACCGACUCUUUGACCUCUACCACUACCUUCACGAUCGCAUCCACAGUACCUCACGUCCUUUACGUCUCAUCUACCAUGUAGCUGAAAAGGAGACUUUAUUGGCUUGGGUUACAAGUAAAUUUGAAUUAUAUACCUGUUUCAAUCCUUUGGUGACGAAAGCUGGUGCCAUCAAUGUCUUGACCAAACUCUUACGUUGGAUAAAGAAGGAAGAAGACCGGCUGUUCAUCCGUUACCCACUCAAGUAUUCAACUACACCUAAUCCUGGGAAAGGAAGCAGGGUUCCCCGAAUGGAUGGUACCGAGAACGGCUUCUUUGGAGGAGGUCACUAGACCAAGGACUUCCAGUUGCUCUGAAAUGCAUUCUGAAUGUGUGCCACCUUACAGAUAGCCCUGGAUGAUGGAACCGUUCUGUGAUCUGGGGGAGCUCCUAGUCUUGUUUUCUAAACCAGGACAGGAUGGUGGAUAUGAGAAGGAUCGGAGUUUACGAGGCUGAGCUGGGUCGGAUUGUUGGAGAUAAAUCCAGAAAGCUUUAGCCUGAUGUUUUUAAAUAUUUUUUCCCACUUGUGGUCUUUAUUUCUAGGGAGAUCCUGAGUCAGAUGGAGAUCCUGAGAUUGACUGGAACUAGAUAAGGAGGCUUUGGUUGAUAUAUCUUUGGAAGUGACAUAUAACUGGAAGUUACGGAAUUUCAUAAGGAUUGUGCUUAAAUUACAUUGAUGCUUCUGCAGCCUAGUGGGUUUACAUUUCUUACCACUCCUGUUAUCACUGGGUAAUUACUUUGUUUUCUCCAUUCAGUUUCCUCUUCCUCCUCAGCAAUUUACUUGGGUGCUUUGCUUGUCUCAACGAAUAGUACAAAUGGGGUAAUAAAGGAAAGAGAGCCACAGUGGGAGACAAAAAGUUAAUCUUAGAAAAGUUUGAAAAUACAUGCUGCUUUCUGAUACAGCUGCGUGAUUGUCCACAGUUCUUCUGGAAUGGGUGUGCAAAGCCCAUCACAAUGGUGGUGAUUUAUUGGAAGGCUGGCACUUUCAGACAGUGUGUAAUUUGAUAAGAUGAUUUUCUAUAAAGAUAGCUGAUUCGAAUCAUUUUAAUGCAACUUUGGGAGUAGGUCAAAAUGCCCAGUUCCAAAGAGUCUUUUAUCCUGGAACUAUCUAACAGUAUUUUUGAUGAACAUACACAUUGCAUCUUCAUGUUGUACUAUAAUUACCCUUUGAAUGAGAGAGGCUGCUUCAGCCCUUUGUUCUGAUACCACCAGAAAGUAUAUAAUGUGUGAUAUAAUGUGGUAUAUAAUAUGUGAUGGGUAUUUUGUAGUCCUUUGAGAAAUUUGAUGUCUGUAUGUAAUGGCUCAACUUGGACAAUGUAAUCGAUUAUGAUGGCAUUUUGAUUUACCUUUUAAUGUCUUCAGUUUGAAUCUAACUGGAUUUAACUGUUCCUUUGCCUUUCAUAACUUUCUUCCUGUCUUCCUUAUUCUUCCUCUUGCUCUGUUUCUUCAUGUUUUAAAAUUCCUAUGUGCAAUUGGAAUACACUGCUCUUAAAAGGAUUCUUGUAUUUUUUUCCCCCUAUGUUGAGAUGCCACUGUUCUCUUUUCCCACCUCAUAAUUAGAAAGACACAUAACUCCAUCAUCAAUUUACUUUUAGAUUUAGUACUGACAAAUAUCACUCUUUCCACGUCUGCCAAAUUCAGAUUUUGUCUGAAUGUACUAGCAGAUGGGAAAGUGUUCUUGGAGAGUGACAUCACUGACAAGCAGUUGUAUUAUUUCCCUUUUUUUUUAUUUACAUUUAUAUCCCGCCCUUCUCCGAAGACUCAGGGCAGCUUACAGUGUAUAAGGCAAUAGUCUCAUUCUAUUUGUAUAUUUACAAAGUCAACUUAUUGCCCCCCCAACAAUCUGGGUCCUCAUUUUACCUACCUUAUAAAGGAUGGAAGGCUGAGUCAACCUCGGGCCGGGCUUGAACCUGCAGUAAUUGCAGGCUACUGUGUUCUAAUAACAGGCUUCUAACAGCCUGAGCUAUUACGGCCCUUCCUGAGCAGUUGCUGCUCUGCCAUGCAAAAUGUGUUCUGUAUAAAUUAGUUGCUCUUUUACUGAGCCUUUUUGUGUUUCUAUUCAUGUUUGUUAAAAUUAAGGCUUAGGUAUGGGAGUAUAAUCCUAUCCCUGCAUCGUAUCUUAUAAUGAGGGAAGGGAAAGAGUGUAUGUAUGUGCAUAGUGAGGGAAGACUUAAUUUAACCUGUGAUUCCUGUGUAAGUGGGAUGGUAGUUUUGGACUGAGUAUAAAAUGGAUUUGACCCUCUUUACCAACGGUGAAGGAAGUGAAGGAAUUAUGCUGUUUUGAAUCUGUUGCUAUUCAAUUCCUUUUGGGGAUGCAUGGUUGCUUCUGGCUGGCAUUUUUUUCUACCCAUAAAAGAACAGCGCUGCUUGUAUGCACUGGCUGGCCGAUACUGAAGGUUUAUAUUUCUAGCUGAGCUGAUACAGUGAGAACUGGAGACAUCUGAUGGCAUGCCAACAAAAUCCAUUUUAAAAUCGGCUCCAUCUUGGCAUGCGUCUGUUCCUUUUUCCAUCUGCCGGCUCGUUUUGCAAAAAGAUAUCUUUAACUUUGUAAGGAUUAGCUGCAUUAUUUGUUUUAGGGAUUCUUUGUGCCAAUGUUGCAAGUAACAAGGUAGUUUCUUCACAUUGUUAAAGUAAGUCUACUUUAAUUGUAUGCAGUCUAGUCAUCAGUUAAUUUAUUUAUACCUAUAUCAAAUCUGGAUAUAAGGAACAAAGCAAUUACUGUAAAAAAAGAACAUUUUAAACAUGUAUUUUUUACCAAGGCAAACUCUUAAAAAUGGCAUUCUUCUUACUUAGAAGGGAAAGAGUUUUGACAGUUGCUGUGUUCUGUAAGUACUUGUAGGGUAAAGUCUUUUGUACAAGUACUUCUAUAUGUAGUUAAAAAAAGGAACUCAUUUAAUUGGGAGCACUUAUUUAAUCUAUGCAAAUGAUUUUAAUCAAUUUAUUUAAUUAACUAGCAUUGAAGAUGUGCAAAAAGUUGAUUAACAACACUUUUAAUAAGGCUUCCUGUUUUAAUGUAAUUUGAUUGGUAAUUCAUUUCUUGAAAGAAACAGCUUUUUUAUCUGGAAGAGAUUUCUUAUUAAAUGUAAGGAACAUACAACUUUUUUCUCUAAAUCCAAUGUUUUAAAAUUUACGUGCAGACUGCACUCAACUGAUAACCAAUGGUAUACAAAAUAUUGAAGAGAUCCUCAAGUAGAAAUUUAAAAGUUACAUCUCUUUACUCUCCUCUAAAGUUUAAAGAGAGAUACACUGUAAUUUCUAAAUAAUAUUUUUCUCUUUAACAAUUGGGGAAGAAAAAAAAUUCUGAAAUACUUGACAAAAAAGACAAUGCUAUUGUCAAGAGGCUUUCUAUGUGAUUUUCCCCCUUUGUUUUUAUUUUUUUUUUUAAAAUUUGUCCCUCUAUUUUAUGUCUUUCUUGCAGUUUGUUCCUUGGUUCCUGCAGUUGCUUUUGAGCCUUUUGGGCUCAAAAACUAUUCUGUCCUAUGCAGAUUAGCUGGCAUGUAUAGUUUUACAACAUAUAUUUCACUGAGAUGUUAAUUUAUUUACUUUUAAAUUAUUAUUUUAUUUAUAAACCUUUUUAGGUAAAUAAUCUUUGGAGAAGAUGUCCAGGUGGGCUAUCAACACUAAUUUGAGAAUAUUAGUUUUCAGGAUGAAUAGCAACAAAAGAAAGUUAAGUCAACAUUAUAUGGGACAAGGCUGAGGUAUAAUGCAGUUUAUCCUUUCUCCACUACUAACUUAAAGUGCUAUCUGUUGGACUUGAGUUGUCAAAAAAAGCCCCACCCUAUACUAAAUGAAUACUGUUGCUUUCUGUUGCUGAUUCUUCCUUUACUGAGUGUAUUUGGGGUCAUUGACAAAUGAUGCUGACUAAAUUAUACAUGUAAAGGUAAAGGUUUCCCUUGUCUAGUCAUGUCCGACUCUAGGAGAUGAUGUUCAUUUCUGUUUCUUAGCUGAGGGAGCCAGCGUUGUCCAAAGUCACUUCUGUGAUCAUGUGACCAGAAUGACUAUAUGCAGAGAUACAUGGAAUGCUAUUACCUUCCUACCAAAGUGGUGCCUAUUUAUCUACUUGCAUUUGCAUGGUUUUGAACUGCUAGGAUUGCAGGAGUUGGGGCAAGUAAUGGGAGCUCAUCCAUUGUGUGGCACUUGGGUCUCGAACCUAGGCUGUCAUCUGUUCCAAGUGACAAGGUUAUUAACUUUAACCGCUGAGGCACUACACCCUCAAAUUAUACAUAUAUCAUCAUCUAAAAGUAUGGCACUGUGAGAGAUAGGUCUGACUAUGGGAUCCUCUCCACCUUCUUUUAAGUCCUCUUCCUAUACCCUUUUCUGCCAUGACACUUUGAAUAAACUUAAAAAAAAACCCAGAUUGGACUCACAAAGGAAGUUGUGUCAUAAACAGCAGGAUUUCUCUCCCCUUCUCAUGUUUCCUUUAUGCAAAAUAAAUGCUGACUUCCAGAUUCCUUUGUGGUCUGCUUGAGAAGCAACUGGGAAGAUGAAAUUGAUCUUGUGUUUUAGAGUUGCUCCAUUUUAGUGAUAUAUCUCUUCUUCCAGCCUGGUUUUAUUAAUACUACUUCAUGCUUCUGCUUCUUCAGCCUUACUUUAGAGCGGUUGAAAUAUUUACAGUAUUGAGCUGUACCCAGCUUUUUAGAGUUGAUGGCAAAAUAGUGACAGAUGAAGAUGAUCAAGGAUUGAAAGAGAGGGAGCAUGCUGUAUCCCCCAGAAUUCACCAACAAAUGCCACUCUGGUCCCACUCACACUGGUCACCUGGUGGAUCUUUCUCUGUUGCACCUAAGCAUGAAAUAAACAUGUCAUUUUUGUGGGGUCCCCAUAGUAUUGCCUUCAUCUCAUCCUCAAUUCAUGAUGAGGCAAGCUUGACUCAUUUUUUAGCUGUAGUAUUUUCUUUAAGCUGACAACAUCCAAAAGCUGCUGCAAUGAGUAUAUAAAAUUGGUCAUUUUUUUUGCCUCCCAUUAUAUUGGAGAUGAAGUAGGUUUUGAACUCCAUUUUGAACAUUUAUUCACCACUUUUGCUGAAUCUGUUGCCAUGUCUGGAAUAGGGAGAGCACAACUUAACAUUGCUGAAUGCUGCAAUUUAGAACUACAUCAAACCUGGAAUAGAUAUAUUGCAUUGCAGGGGUGGGAUGCACUUCAGCUAUUAUUGGCCCAUUGCAAUUUACACAAGUUUGGGCUGUUUCUGCAUGACUCCUUUUCUCCAAUGAGUGUGAAUGUAACUUAUUAUUAUUUUGGAUCUCUUCCAAAAGAAUUGGCUCCUUUCUGUUGUAAUAUGUUGUAUCCUUGAACUGUAUGUUUUGAAAACAUGAUCAAAAUAUAUUUUUUCCAGUAAGACUACACAAAGAUAGUCCUUAUGUUUUUUCCCCUUUGUCAGAAAGCCUAUCGGCAAUUAUCCUGCACCUGCAGAAUAAAUUAUGUUUCACAUUACCAGUGGAAGAAAUUAUAUGUAAAAUAUAUAUGUAAUUUUUCAUUACUGUACAUUGAAAACUGGAAGCAGACAAGGCAAUUGUAUUUAAAUCUAGACAAAAUAAAAAAAUAAUGCUUGGCAAGCUUUGUGGUAUGAAAGACUUGAGUCCAUAACUUAAAACAAACAUGGACAAAGUUUUACUACCUAGAGCUAUACUUUUAUUUUUUAUCUUUUUCAGCCACUGAGGGCCACACCAUCAGUAGUGAUGUGGUUAAUCUUCCGGGAGGGGAUUGAGCCAUAUGUUUUGCUUUUUUAAAAAAGUGGCCUUGGUAUUUCUUUUAUGUAAAAUAAUGUGUUGUUUUAUGUGUCCCCUCUUCUAAAAUUGCAAAAUUUAAAUUGUGAUAGCACUAUGGAGUGGAGAAUGGUUGGGGGCUGGCUGCAAAAAUGGAUCUGAGGACCACCUGUGCAUCCUGACUCAAUACAUUUGGUUCAUUCUCUUCAUUUAGCCUGAGGUACUACUGAAUUUGAAUAUUCAGGGACCGGUAGUAAUUUUUACUUUUAGAAUAAACUAUGAUUUUUUUCAUAUAUAUAAAUUAUUCCGGUCUUUGGAAUGGUAAAGGUAGGCCACAAUAAUGUCUGUUUAUAUAGGAUUUUGGAUGAUAUAGAUGUUUUCAGUGGCCACCUGCAAGGUCAAGAAAAAUCCUGUACAGAUAUUCUUCAACUUAUGAUCAUUCAUUUAAUGAUAGUUCAAACUUAUGAUAGCUUCAGAAGAAGUGACUUAUGACCGAUCCUUACAACCAUUGUACUACCCCCACAGUUGUGUGAUUGCAAUUCAGGCACCUGGCAACUGACUUGCAUUUACAAUGGUUGCAACAUCUUGCGGUCACAUGGACUGCAAUUUGCAAUCUUCACAGCAGGAUUCUGACAGAGUUAAUUGAGGAAGCCGGAUUUGCUUAACAACCAUGUGAUUCAUUUAAUGACUGUGUGAUUUGCUUAAUGACCAAUUGAAGAAUAUAUAUGUAGCUCAGGAGUGAACUGUGGAGACUUUGGUGCUCUCUGAGCUUGGUUGUUUUUUUGCAGACAUUUCAUUACCUGACUAAGUAACAUCUUCAGUGCUAGAAGGGAGCUGGGUUUGCUUUUUGUUUAUAUAUGGUAGCUUGUCCACAGGGGCAAUGUUUGCAAGAAAACAACCAAGCUCAGAGAGCAUCAAGGGCUCUACAGCUUAACAACAAUGGUAAAAAAUGAUUGUAAAAUUGGAUUUAGUCAUGUGAUGACUCACUUUAUAACCACAGCGGCUUCUGACAGAAAUUCUGGUCCCAACUGUGGUUGUAUGUCGAGGAUUACCUAUAUGCUUCAUUGUCUCUUCUCUCACUCCAUGUUACUUAUCAAAUGUUUUUCAUGGAGCUGUUGUUGACCAAUAAAGCUGUAAACCUUGUGCUGUGCCAGAAGCAUUUCCAUCCAAGAAACUUGUAAACUUCCUAGAGUCAAGAAUGUAAGGUGAAUUGCUAAAUUAAAUUAAAUUCAGUUCAGUUAAAAUAGUGCAUCAUAUAUUGUAAAAUUCCGUAUUCUGGAAGACUUGAUAAAGCCUAGAAUAAUUUAAGAAGCAGAAAUUCAAGUUGGUUUUUGUUUACUAUGGAUGAAGCAGGUCUUACUUCUGAGUUUCUUCUGAGCUGGGAGGGAUUGUCUUGAUCAUUUAAAAAAUGUCAUCUUUCCUUUUUGGUGCUAAAUGAAGAGUAAUCCCUACUUUGUUAUUAAUUGAAACAGCUCUUUAUUUUCCAGAAAUAUGUGUUUGACUUUUAUUUUUUGAACUUGAAAAAUGUAACUUUCUGUCAUAUCAUGUUUUCAGUGUUUUAUUUGCUUUUCUUCCACUUUUUCUCUUCUCCACACUUUACCAGUAUUCUGUUAAGACACAGCAUUUCUUUGGUCCUCUGCAGUUGUAUAACCUGCCCUAGGAUCUUGCAUUAGUUAUGUAAUAGGGCUGUUACACUUGACCAUUAUUUUAUUUCCCCUUUUUUGCUGCUUUUGUACAUUAUAGAAAACUUGAUGGAGUGUUGUAAGCAAUUUAUCCUUAACCCCAUCAGAGUAUUUCUCUUUGGCAGAAUCUCUGAGGUCUUGAAGGAAGAACUGAGCUCUUGUAAAUAAAAUAAUAAAAGCUAUGUCAACAGCUGCACUUGAAGGAGCCUAAUAAAAUAUUGGAGACUUAAGCGUGGUUGGUGUCUGAAUAUUUGCAUUCCUCUGUGCUCUUAACAAAAGAUUGGAGUAGCAGCCAGCUUCUGUUGGUUGUAUCAUGUGCCCAAAUUCUCUUCCUCACAGUAUUAAUAACAGCAAGACGUGGACUCUACAAUUUUCCUGCUAGAAUUGUUUUUUUCCCGUGCUGGCGACAGAAAACCCCCACAACUGGCCAGCACAAAAAAGGAUGUACCCUUGAAAAAAAUUAACAAUGGGAAGCAUUAUAUGCACUUUUUAUUGGAAGAAGAAAAGACUGAAUUGAUGAUUUAGAAGUCU